CAGAAUCUACAAAAUGGCUCUCUAUACCGAUGAAAACUUCAUAACUUGGACUUACGAGAAUGAACCGCAACGCGUGCGUAACGAUAGUGCGCACAGCGAUCACACAUACUGUUACAUAACGGAUAAUCCUGAUGAGCAGAAUGAGCAAGAAAAACGUGCAUCUAGAAGAGGGGUAGUAUACGAAGUUUGCAAAUGGAGCAGUGGUUUUGGUGUCGUACUUAUAAUUUCUGCUAUAGCCGCUGUCGUUCUUGUGGCAGCACUUCUGGAAAAACCAAGUGAUAAUGAAGUUCACACGACGGCUAUCAAUGUUGAGAUUACAACAAGCGAACUGCAAUCUACCGCUGCGAUGACACCUACUACAACGAGUCACGCUUCAAUAUCGGCAGCAGGCAGCACUUCAUUUACGACAACUUCUAAAACUAAGCGAACAACAAUACUACCAGUAACCACCAGCAUAGAAUCAACCACUUCUCGACGGCGGCUCUCCACCACUCCUAAUCCAAGAUGGUACUAUGAAAAAGAGUGUGCCUGCACACCAUCGAAGCUAUGGUUAGACGUAGUGAUCGUGAUUGAUAAUUCAUUAGGCAUGCCAAAAGAAGAACUAGAUAAGGCAUUAACGAAUCUCUGUAAAGUUUUCGCUCAAGUUACUAUUACGCAAGGCGAAGGUCAUCAGUCUCGAGUUGGGGUGGUCACAUACGGAAUCAAAGCAGAUGCAAGACACAACCUGACCGAGUUCAACUCUUUUCAUGAAUUUUGUAACAGGAUUAUGAAAAUUCGGCAAACAAACGCGACUUCAAGCAACUUAAAGGAAGGUCUUGAGAAAGCAAAACAGAUGUUUCGUGAUGGCCGACCUAGUGGAUUUAGGAAAAACGUCAAAGAAGUCAUCCUGAUUCAUGCCAGCGUUUACAAGCAAAGCCACUUCGAGGAUGCUAAGCCGUUAGCAGAUCAAAUGAAGAUCAGCGGAAAAGAAAUCGUCGUUGUUGCAUUCGACCAACGUGACAACCCUCGUGCUUUGAUGCAAAUCCGCGAAAUCGCCACUGAGGGAUUCUACUACAUUUAUGAAGAAUAUUACAUUUUCGGAGAUGUUCAGCACGCGCUUUGCACAGCGAACUGUUUCUGCAGAAAAAAAUGGCUACAGUACACCCUGGACACUUUGAGAUUUGGAUCAUGCCUGAGAAUAGGUCCUGGUCAGUUCAACUGGGAGCAGGCUAAGCGAGCGUGCCUCCGAAUAGGCCAUGAAUCCGGUCAUCUUGCCACUGUUUUCAGCAAGGAGAAGCACAACUUCAUUGCUUUGAUGUUUAUAAAUGACAGCCGUGUGGAAUCGCCUUACAUCUACCACAUUGGUCUCUCAUAUGAUACGAAACAAAGCGAUUACUUAUGGGAACAGCCUGUAGGCUCGGAUCCAGCGAAGAUUCCUUUGCGAGGAUCCAGUUUUCGGAUUUGGAACCGGGGCUAUCCAUCUCUGUCUGGCGGAAACUGCGUAGAUACUGCUCAGUAUUCUACGAAAUUCGAGUUUGGUUGGCAAAAUAUACACUGCAGAUACGUGUACAAGCCUUACAUCUGCCAGAUGAAUUCCUGCGAUACAGAUAAUUAUUGCGCUAAUAUUGAGGAAUAA